AUGUUGGAAGGUCUCGUCUCGAACCUGCUCAACAGGUUCUUGGGCAUGUAUGUCCAGAACUUUGACCCAAAGCAGCUCAACGUUGGCAUCUGGUCUGGCGAUGUCAAGCUACGCGACCUCGAGCUUCGCCGAGAAGCCCUCGACCAACUUCACCUUCCCAUCAACGUCGUCGAAGGCCACCUAGGCUCUUUGACCCUCUCGAUCCCAUGGUCCAACCUUCGAGGCAAGCCUGUACAAGUCAAGAUCGAAGAUGUAUAUCUGCUGGCCGCUCCGAGAGAAGAUCAGGACUACAACCCCGAAGACCAAGACAAGCGCGACCAUGCUGUCAAGAUGGAAAAGCUCGACAGCGCAGAGCUGCUCAAAGAAAGAAGCGCAGAAGGCAUGAGCCAAGAAGAGCAACAGAAGAACCAAAGUUUUACGGCCAGUUUGGUUACUGCUAUUGUCGACAACUUGCAGAUUUCAGUGAAGAAUGUACACAUUCGAUAUGAAGACUCCAUCUCGGAUCCCGGCCAUCCUUUUGCUGCUGGUCUCACGUUGCAAGAGUUGAGUGCCGUAAGUACGGACGAGAAUUGGAAGCCUACCUUUAUCCAGAGCACUUCCGCAGGCUCGACCCACAAACUUGCCACUCUUGGUGCCCUCGCUAUCUACUGGGAUACGGAUGCUAAGCUCCUGGGCUCUGGCAAGGGUUCACAGACUGCAGAAGAGCAAGGAAUAGACCACAAUACAAUCAUGGACAAGUUCAAAGACAUGAUUGCAAAGAAGGACGACACCGAUUUUGGCGCGCACCAAUACAUAUUGAAGCCAGUAACUGGUCGUGCAGGCCUCGAAAUUGACAAGACCGGAAAGCUUGACCGUCCCAAGAUGAAGGCUCGCCUCUUGUUCAAUGAACUUGGCUUUGUCAUCGACGACGAUCAGUAUCGUGAUGCCCUCAUGUUAGUGGAUUUGUUCCAUUACUUUAUCCGUCACCAGGAGUACCGCAAGUUCCAACCCAAAUCGUCUCCUAAAGAAGAUCCGCGAGCCUGGCUUCGAUUCGCAACCAAGUCCGUGCAUGACAAGAUCCAUGAGCGUAACCGCCGAUGGACUUGGGCUUACUUCAAGGAACGUCGUGAUGAUCGCGUCAAAUACAUCAGUCUUUUCAAAAAGAAAAAGAAGGAGGAAAAGCUUACUCCAGAGGAAACAACCGAAUUGGAUCAACUUGAACGCAAGCUGAACUACGAAGAUCUUCGAUUCUGGAGAUCCCUUGCUCGUAACCAGCUGCGGAAGGAAAACGUUGGUGUCAAGAAGGCUCCACAAAAGCAGACGUGGUCCUCUUGGGUUUGGGGAAGUAAGAAGACUGAGGAGCAUCCUGGUGAUGAGACCCAGUUGACGGAAGAACAACGCAAGGAGUUGUACGAUGCGAUCGACUUUGACGAAAAGAAGCAAAUUGCCGACGCUGUGGACAUGCCAAAAGAAGCCAUUAAACUUCAGGUAGACAUGAGCCUUCGAGAAGGUAGCUUCACUCUCAAGCGCGAUCCUCAUGGAAAGGCUACAGAAAUGCUUCAGCUCGUCUUCCAAGGAUUCGAUACCAAAUUCCUGCAGCGUACUGAUUCUAUGCUUGCUGAAGUCAGUCUCGAGACUAUGAAGCUCUUUGAUGGCACAACCGAAGGAAAUCUAUUUCCUCAGAUGCUCAACAUCAAGAACUUGAUUCCAGACGACAAACGAAUUGAGGAAGUCAAGGAUGACGAUGCUGCAGGUGUGGACGAGGAAGAUGAGCCACCUCUGGACCCCUUCUUUGCUUUGACUUUCGAGAACAAUCCGCUCGAUGGCCAUGCCGAUACUGAUCUGACUGUCAAACUCAAAGCCAUGGAGUUUGUAUACAACCCGAAGUUCGUUGUUGAAGUUGCCAACUUUUUCAAACCUCCGGAGCGUCACAUGGAGUCGAUUGGCGCACUCAUGGAAUCUGCUAGUGCUACCGUCGAAGGCUUGAGACAGCAGACUCGUGCAGGUCUUGAGUAUGCUCUUCAAGAGCACAAGACUAUUGACGCCAAACUCGACCUACAGGCCCCUCUAAUCAUCAUUCCCGACUCUGUCACCAAGAAAGAAUCCCUCUGCAUGAUUCUCGAUGCUGGUUAUAUUAGUGUACGAAGCGAACUGAUUGACAAAGACACUUUGAACGAAGUGCAGUCAAAGCAAAAGCAACAAUACACUGAAGAGGAUUACAAACGUCUAGAACAAUUGAUGUACGACAAAUUCCUUGUCAAACUACAAUCAACACAGCUUUUGCUUGGACCAUCCAUCGAGGAGACGAAGAAGCAACUUGACGAAAAUAAUACAUCAAGACAUCUGCACGUGGUCGAUCGAAUCAAUAUCGAUUUUACAGUAGAGACAUGCAUCGUUCCCAAGGCUCCUGGUCUGACCAAGUUCAGAAUUGGAGGUCAUCUACCUGUGCUGCAUGCUUCCAUCUCAGACUCCAAGUACAAGAGUCUGAUGAAGUUGAUCGAUGUGGCUAUACCCAAAUUCGGCACGGACGAGGACAAUGCGCAAAAGCCUGCCCAAGCCGUACAGAGACACACUCAGCGGCCUAGACAAAAGAGUAUCGUUGAUACAGAUGUCAUAGGAAAACCACGCUCCAAAUCCUUCCAGUUCUCCGCUCAGAAACAUGAACUUGUCAUGGAAGAAGAAACUGAUAAUGAAGACGAGGAAUUCAAGGACGCCAAACAGACUACCAAGGAGCCGACAAAGGAUAUCAACCAACGCAAUUUCGAAUUCAAAUUCAAAGUCGACAAGCUUCAAGGUUCGCUGUAUCGUUCCGACCCCGAUGGCAAGAAGCAGGAUCAACUGCUUGUUGACCUCGUCGCUGAAAACUUUGAUCUACUCUUCUAUCAGCGUCAGUUCGACAUGGUGGCAGAAGUCAGUCUACGUACUCUGGCUGUAGAAGACCAUGUCGAGGAGAAUCCUUCUCCCGAAUUCAAGAACCUCAUAUCUUCAGAGGAUGACGACACUAAGGAGCAGCAAAACCUCUUUUCGCUCAAGUUCUUCAAGGUCAAUCCUGAGCAUCCAGAAUUCAUGUCAACGUAUGAGGGCAUAGCUACCAAUCUUGAUGUAUCUGUGUCGACAAUCAACCUACUCGUGACGCGCAAGACGCUUUUGACUUUGCUUGACUUUGUCAUGGUCACAUUCACCAACCCAGGAGAGCCUCAAGCAGAUCAACCACAAACGAUUGAAUCAACUGAGGCCGAGGAAAGCAGCGCACCACCCGCAGGAGAUAAGAUUCGUAUCAAAGCCCAACUGAAGCGUAUUGCCAUCAUCCUCAAUAAUGAUGGUAUCCGUCUAGCCACUUUGAGUUUGACAUCCGCCGAAGUUGGCAUCUUCUUGAUGGGCAAGACCAUGAGAGUUGGGGCCAGACUUGGCAACCUUUCCCUUCUCGACGACGUCAACCAAGGUGUUUCCGAGAAAUCAUCUCUUCGCCAAUUGGUUUCUAUUCAGGGUGAUGAGCUUGCUGAUUUCCGCUACGAAACUUUCGACGCAACAUCAGAAGCAUACCCUGGAUACGACACUUCCAUUUACCUUAGAUCUGGUUCAUUGAAGGUAAACUUUGUUACUGAACCGUUCCGCAAAAUUAUGGAAUUCGGUGUCAAGUUUGGCAAGAUGCAGGCCAUCAUGAAUGCUGCCAGACAGGCUGCUGCAAACCAGGCUACUAACAUACAAGAGCGUGCUAGCAAGAUGCACUUUGAUAUUCGCAUCAAGACACCAAUUGUUGCUUUCCCUCGAAUGGUCAUUACCGAUUCUCCCGAGCGUGACGUCCUCACAGCAUACUUGGGAGAGCUCUAUGCCAGCAAUGAGUUCCUUCCCUUGGACGACUCCAAAGACUCUGACACCGCCAACAAGUUGACAGCUGGUGUUCACAAUACUCGAUUGACCUCCACAUUCAACUACCUCAACGAUCAAGUCGAGGAACUCGAUCUCAUCGACAAAGUCGAUCUCGACUUCAGGAUCACCAGUGCAGAGCACAAGCCCGGGUACAAGCGACCAGAUACAGAGAUCGAAGGCAGUAUGUCGAAUGUCAACCUUCGCAUCACCGAGGCUCAGCUCAAGUUCAUCCUUGAACUCUCUCGCUCAAUCCCCGAGGCUUUUGCUACUGAUCCGGAUGACGAGAUCGAAGAGCAUGUCAAGGAAGAGUUGCCGGCGACUACAGUUCAAGAUGCCAAGUCAAUUAGUGGCGACUCGGACGACAAGCGAGAAGAACAACCUCAGUCUCCUACUCACCUUGGUCCUGAGAUUGGAGCAGACGACGAUACUUGGACCAAGCUUGAUCUUGUGUUCAAAGUUGGUACUGUUGGUCUCGAACUCAUAUCAAGUAAACCCACGAAGCCCGUUGGAGAUCUUGCAGCGUCUAGUCUGUCAAAAUUCUCGCUCAACGAGACUCAUGUCAAGCUACGCAUGGUCAGCGACGGGUCACUCGAGUCAGAGCUUUUGGUUCAAUCCUUCACCAUAACCGACACUCGUACACAUGAGAAGAACAAGUUUAGGAAGAUCAUGUCACUCAUCAACACCGACGUCAAGCAACAAUUUAUGGCCAGCGUCUCCAUAUCUGGGGGUAAGGAGCGCAAUCUUAUUGCUCUCUUGACCAUUGAUAGUCCGAGAAUCAUCUUGGCACUAGAUUACCUCUUUGCAGUUCAGCACUUCGUCAAUGCUGGUCUAGCUACAGACGAGCCUCUCAUCAUCACAGACGAAGAGGAAUCGUCGGUUGGCGAAGAAGAUGCAGUCAGCAUGUCUACCAGUACUGAACUUGUGGGUGCACAACAGCCCGAAGCCAAGCCUACCGAGGAUACAAACCCCAUGAGCGUGUCGUUCCGUGUCAACAUUGUUGACGCUCAAAUCAUCCUUAUCGCGAACCCUGCCAUUACCAACUCCGAAGCCAUCGUGCUUGGCAGCAAGCAAAUCCUUGUAUCUCAGCAACACGUCACAGCCGUCCAAGUUGACAAGCUAGGCAUGUUCCUCUGCCGUAUGGACAAGUUUGAGACUAGUCAACUUCGAAUUCUUGAUGACUUCAGCGUCCAAACUUCAGUGGAUAUGCGCUCUGAGAACAAGCAAGCUCAAUUGAUGAGUAUCAUGGUCGAGAUCGAGCCAUUGGUACUGCGCUUGUCCCUUCGUGAUAUCCUCUUGGCCAUGCAAAUUGUCAACAAAGCUUCUGCAAUGUCUGCGAAUGACGAUCACGAACUUGCUAAGGAAGGUCCCUCCAAAAUUGAUCAGCUCAAAGCUCCAUCCAACAGGCCCAAGACUGGUAGAGCGCCAUCUUCGGCACAAAAGCCUAGAGCCAAUACUAUUGCCACGAAGAAAUCGCAUGCCACCACUGCACCUAAGGCACCAGCUGAACCUCAGGGCUCAGCGAUGCUGAAGCGUGAAGAGAUGAAAGUCAAUCUCCAAGGUAUCCGAGUGGUCCUCAUUGGCGACCUUCAUGAGUUGCCGAUGCUCGACUGGAGCGUCAAAAAUUUCGCUGUAGAGGUUCGCGACUGGAGUGGCGCCAUGACGGCAGACACUAGCAUCGAGACAUUCUUCAACGUGUAUAACUUCUCCAAGUCUGCUUGGGAGCCUCUGGUCGAGCCAUGGUCGCUUGGCUUCCACAUGGCAAAGAGUCUGAAUCCCGAUAAGCUGGCGGUCGAACUUUAUUCGCGCAAAUCAUUGGAGCUUACCAUGACUUCUUCCACGAUUGCAUUGGCAUCCAAGUCGGCCCAGUUCUUGUCUAACGACGAGGAUAUCCUUUCGAAACCACGUGGAUCCGAUGCUCCUUAUCGCAUUCGUAACCAGACUGGCUUCGAUCUCAAUGUAUGGGCUCAGACAGAAAACGAUCAAGAAGGUGCCGCAGAAAAGCUGAGUGAUGGAGAAGAGGCUCCUUGGAGAUUCGAAGAUCCGAGUACUACCAGAGAGACGCUAUCACCAGAAGGUGCUACCGGCGUCGUUGGCAUCAAGCUUGAGGGCAGUGGCUUCGAUAGUAUCGAGCGUAUACCCGUCAGUCGCGAGGGCGAGACUCUCUACAAUCUCAAGCCACGCAAAGACAAGGUGCAACACCGCAUUCUGGUUGACGUCAAGCUCGGAGCAGACAACGUCAAAUACAUCACUUUCCGUUCACCUCUGCUGGUAGAGAACAACACUCAAAUCCCCAUUGAAGUUGGUGUCUAUAGUCCAGACGAGGGCAACUUGCUCAAGAUCGAGAAGGUCGCACCUGGUGAUGCACGAUCGGCUCCUGUAGGUGCCGCCUUCAUGCAUUCUCUGGUCAUUCGUCCGGAUCAAGGAUUCGGUUACACUUGGUCGAAUGAGCGCUUGUUCUGGAAAGACUUGCUUAAGCGUCCUACGCGUACAAUCACUUGUCAGGGAGAGCAACAAGACUCAUCUCCGCCUUUCUACUUCCAGAUGCAGGCUGUAUACGACAAGAACAACCCCAUCUCUGCCACCUAUCCUUACAUGCGCAUUCGUCUUUCUGCGCCCGUCGAAAUCCAGAACUUGCUGCCAUUCGACUUCAAGUACCGCAUCUACGACAAGAACACCAAGAAGGACUGGACCAACUUCUUGCGCAAGGGAGGUGUCAGCCCUGUGCAUGUCGUUGAGCUCUCACACCUACUUUUGAUGAGUGUGGACAUGCAAGAUACACCAUUCAAGCAAAGUGAAUUUGCUAUCAUCAACUCUACAGGGCGCGAUGACUUCCGUCGCGAAAAGACGCUCGUCGUGAAGGACAACCAGGAUCUGACCCUUAGACUCAAGUUGCACUACUACAACGUCCCUGAUAGUGGAGGUGCCUUCAAGAUCACGGUCUACAGUCCCUAUGUCGUUCUCAACAGAACAGGCUUAGGGCUUGACAUCAGGAGCAAGACCUACUUUGGCGCUGCCAAGUCUGCAGCGGGACAAACUACAUUCAGCAAUUCAGACGAAGCACGAAAGCCCGUCCCAUUCAUGUUCUCCUAUCCCACCGACGAUCAAAAGAACCGUGCACUCAUCAAGGUUGAUGGUUCUGGUUGGAGCAAGCCAGUCAGUUUUGAGGCCAUCGGGUCAACUACUGAUGUCACUGUCGCUGCAGAGUCUGGUCGAUCAGAAAUGCACGUUGGUCUGACGGUUGAGGAAGGCGAAGGCAAAUACAAGUUGACAAAGGUUAUCACUAUCGCUCCUCGGUUCGUGGUCCGCAACAAGCUCGGUGAGGAUCUCAACAUCAGGGAGCCUGGCUCGUCUGAUGUCACAACCUUGAAGCCGCAAGACCUUCAUCCUCUGCGCUUCUUGAGACAGUCGAGCGGACAGCAACUGUGUCUUUGCUUCCCAGGCGUAAACAACAAUUGGUCGUCUCCAUUCAACAUUGCCAAUGUUGGCAGUGUCCACGUCAAAUUGGCAAAGGCUGGCGAAAGACAAAAGCUUAUUCGAGUGGAGAUUCUCAUGGAGAAUGCUACGAUUUUCCUGCACAUUAGUCACGAGACCAAGCACUGGCCCUUCUCUAUUCGCAACGAGAGUGAUGUCGAAUUCAUCUUCUGGCAGGCAAACCCUAACGUUGAUGAAGACGAGGACGAGCGCACUUCUGGUUGGAAGCCCAUCCGAUACAGAUUGCCACCCAGGAGUAUCAUGCCAUACGCUUGGGACUACCCUGCCACCAAGAACAAGAAUCUUGUGUUGAACGCAAAGGGCAAGGAGAGACACGUCAAGCUUGCAGAAAUUGGUAACCUCAUCCCAAUGAGACUGCCUGCAGCCGAAGGCACCAAUCGACAAAAGAUCAUCGAUCUCAAUGUCGCUGCCGAUGGUCCCACUCAGACUCUCGUCUUGUCAAACUACAAGCCAUCGAAGAGUUUGUACAAGCAAAAGGCUGGCUCGGCUUCUCAGUCGAAUUCGACUGGUUUCGAGGUCAAAGACUUGGACGAUCAUGUCACUAUGAGCGCUCAAAUUAGAUUCGCUGGUUUGGGAAUCUCCCUCAUCAACCGCCAGCUCAAGGAGCUUGUCUAUGUCACCUUGCGAGACAUUGACUUGUCCUACAAGGACUCGCCCCUAUAUCAAACCAUUUCCUCCACCAUCAAAUGGAUUCAGGUCGAUAAUCAGCUCUAUGGUGGUAUCUUCCCACUGAUAUUCUAUCCCAGUGUGGUUCCGAAGACUGGAAAGGAGAUGGAAGCUCAUCCCAUCUUUAAGGCCGCGAUCACACGGGUCAAGGAUGACUCCUAUGGUGUGCUGUAUAUCAAGUACUUUACAUUCUUGAUGCAACAGAUGACCAUCGAAAUUGACGAAGACUUCAUCUUUGCAAUGCUCGACUUCACAAAGAUUCCAGGCGCUUCUUGGUCCGAAGAAAAGGAAGGUCAACUUUGUGACGAGAACCUUGACAUUCCUGAACCUAAACAAGAAGAGGGUGGUCAAGAUAUUUACUUUGAGCUGUUGCACCUGCAGCCCAUGCAGUUCGAUCUGUCCUUCGUCAGAACCGAACGCAUCAAUGCAGAGGAUACUGGAAGCUCAUCAUCCAACCCCUUCAUGUUUGCUGUCAAUGUUCUUACAAUGUCCAUUGGCAAUGUCAACGAUGCACCCAUUCGUUACAACGCACUCAUGCUCGAGAACGCCCGAGUGUCUGUUGGUGCCUUGAUCGCUGCAAUCCAGAGCCACUAUGUCCAAGAAUCUCUUCGUCAAGUUCAUAUUGUUCUUGGCUCGGCAGAUUUCUUGGGUAACCCGGUUGGCCUUUUCAACAACAUCAGUUCUGGUGUUGCAGACAUCUUCUACGAACCUUACCAAGGUCUUGUCAUGACUGAUAGACCACAAGAUCUUGGUAUCGGCAUCGCAAAGGGUGCCAGUAGUUUCGUCAAGAAGAGUGUUUUCGGCUUCUCGGACAGUAUGGCCAAGUUCACAGGCAGCAUCAGCAAAGGUCUUGCAGCCGCAUCCAUGGACAAGGAGUUCCAAGACCAGCGCCGCAUGUCUCGUUCUCGUAACCGACCAAAGCAUGCCUUGUAUGGUAUCACAUCCGGAGGUAAUGCCUUCGCGAACAGCAUGGCAAGCGGCAUUGGUGGUCUUGCCAGACAUCCAUUGCAGGGCGCUGAAAAGGAAGGUGCUCUUGGAUUUGUCAAGGGUGUAGGAAAGGGUUUCCUUGGUCUAGCCACCAAGCCCGCCAUUGGAGCAUUCGACUUGGCGUCUAACAUGGCCGAGGGUGUUCGUAACACUACAACAGUAUUCGAUCAAGAAGGUCUUGACCGUGUGCGUUUGACACGAUUCAUUGGACAAGAUGGCAUUGUUCGACCUUACAGUCAACGUGAAGCUUUGGGUCAAUUCUGGCUCAAGACUUUGGACAAUGGCAAGUAUUUCCAUGAGGAUUACAUCGCACACAUGGAGUUGUCUUCAGGAAGUGGAUCACAAUCAACUCAGGCACGCACCAAGACGACAAGCGCCGAAAGUCCACGCAUGGUCAUGCUCACCUACAAUGGCAUCAUGUUGGUACAGACCAAGAAACUUGUGACAGAAUGGGAUGUGCCCCUCAAGGAUAUCCAAACCAUCACCAAGGAGCGCACAGGCAUGAGCAUUGUGCUCAAAGGAGGACAUAAUGGACCAUUCAUUCCAGUCGCAGAUGAGCAAAGUCGAAACUGGCUAUAUAGACAGGUGGCAGUGGCGGUCAACGCGUACAAUGACCGAUACAACGCUAAGGGGUAA